UAUCGAGCAGUCGGGGGGACUUACUGCGUAGUGUGCAAACGUGUUGUGUUACAAUCUUCUCGUAUAAUUAAUUGUGUGCCGGACGCUUCCUGCAUAAUUAACGCCCGGAUAAGCGUAUAUUUCUUACAAAAAAGAUCUAUGACAUCGCACACUCAGACUCCUGUUGCUGAGGGGAAUCAGCAUCAGCUACAUAAGAAAACUUAUUGUUCCAAGUGCACACUCGCGCGAGCGAAUUAGUAGAAAAAAAUAUGAGAAAAAUAAAUAAAUGUUUUGUGUCCAAAAGACAUAUGCGUCGAAUAGUCAGAAAAGAAUUAGAAUUACUGAAAAGAAUUACUUCAUUGAAGAAUGAUGAAGAUGGAAAAAAACAACUGGAAACAUUUUUCUAUUUGCUUGGAGGAGACUCACCUCAGGAUCAAAUAAAACAUAGCUUGGAAAAAAUGUUUUCCAAUAAAUUGGCUAUGAAAUGUUCAUGGAAAGGCCAGAAAGGAAACUUUGCCAUAAAUUCACUUCUGCUAAUAGAUAUCAUAAAAAAGGCUGCUCGAAAGCAUUAUCCGAUGUUAACGGAUAGACAAUUUUUAAAUCAUGUUUCCGCCUGGUUUAAAUAUGCCAAAACACGUCAUGAUAGAGAGCAGGCAAAAGCACUUAGAAAUCAGAUCGGAUAAUUCAGUUUUAAAGAAAUGUACAUGAACUCAUAUAUGGCGUUCAGCCGAUCCUGCAAAUGCACUAAUAGUGCAAUAUUAAAAUAAUAAUAU